AUGCAAGGCUUCAACAUGGGGCGGUACGUCCCGCCCGAGCUAGAGGGCGUCGCGAGCGCCAACCAGGCGUCGGGCAAGGGGCACGCCCUGGGCGCCAGGGCGUCCAAGCUCCGGAGCGAGGGCAUCCUCACUGUGCGCUUCGAGAUGCCGUUCGCCGUGUGGUGCGGGACGUGCACCCCUCCCGUGGUGAUCGGGCAGGGCGUGCGGUUCAACGCCGAGAAGAAGAAGGUCGGCAACUACUACAGCAGCCCCGUGUACAGCUUCCGGAUGCGGCACCCGGCGUGCGGCGGGUGGAUCGAGGUGCGGACCGACCCCAAGAACACGGCGUAUGUGGUCGUCGAGGGCGGGAAGAAGCGGGACACGGGCGAGGGGAAGGGGGCGGAGGACUCGCUUGUCGGUGACAGCGGCAUGGCGCCCAUCAAGACGCUGCGCGAGCAGGCUGAGGAGCGCGAGGUGGCGUUCUCGAACCUUGAGAAGACGAUUGAGGACCGCGCCGCGCUCGCUGCUGCGAGGGAGAGGCUCGACGAGAUCGAGGACGCCAACGCGAAGCAGUGGGACGACCCGUACACGAGGAACCAGAUGCUGAGGAAGUCAUUCCGCGUGGGCCGGAAGCAGCGGGAGAAAGAUAGCGCGGCUGCUGAGGACCUGAAGGACAGGAUGAGCCUGGGGAUCGACCUGUUGCCUGAGAGCGAGGAGGAUGCGCGGUGGGCCAAGCUGGUGGAUUUUGGGACGGCGCCAGAGGACCUGGGCGAGAAGGCACUCUCAAAACCACUGUUUGGGGGGCCUAAGUCUACGGCACAGGAGAAGAAGACGAGAGACCACAAGGCUUCCACAAAGAAGCUACUCAAAUCAGAGAUUGCGGCAACGAAGAUGAGGGAAUCCCUGGUUUCUGAGAUCGUUGGCAAUACUCGCGUGGCCAGCGAUCCUUUCCUUGAGCCACGGAGCAGAGGCGCGACAAGAAGCACGGCUAAUAUCCUACCGGGACUGAAGAGGAAGAGGCAGGCUGAGGUUGAACCCAGCCCACCUCCAGAAGACAAGCCACCUGAGAAGGCGGCCGCCACGUCUGCGGCUCUAGUGGAUUACGACUCGGACUGA